AUCGGACGAAAGUGUUUGGAAACGGUAACAUAUCUGUUGAGACAUAUGUACUUACGAAAAUAUCAAGUGAAAAUCAUCAAAAUUCUAAAAAAUAUUUGGACAUCGACGUCGAAAUUGCUAAACUUCGGAAAAGGAAAUCAGAGGAUCGAAGAAUUGGCAAAUCAAAGUCAAUGGAAAUCAAAUCAAAAACCUAAAUUUGAGCUUACCAUCAUCAGCAUUGAACUUUAAAUCAACUAGCAAGUAUUCAAGUAUUACAGUUAAUCACUAUAACUUAUCAAAUUCUUGGUGUGACAUUCAUAUUUAAUCGCAAAACUAUAUAGUGUAAGUUUAGCCGCUCUUUAUGAUCGGGAUCGUUAUAUACAAACAUUAUUCAAACUUUAUGCAAACAUAUUAAAAACAAAAAAAAAACAUUCAAUAUAUAAUUGUUUAAAAUAAUCUAACCAAAAAAAACCAAGAAAUAUAUAUUUAAACUUUGUAGAAUAAAAUCAACUUCAUUAAAAGAUUAAUUGUACCUAUCCCGAUCGCUGUCUAUUCAAAUCAAAAUUUUGGACAAGUCUUAUUGAUCAAGACAAUAUAUAUUCAACUCAAUCUGUUUCUAAACACACAAAUAUAACCAAUUAUUCUUAACAAAACCUAUUGAAAAAGCUAUUGAAGUAAGCUGAUUAUUAUGUAAAAAAAAACAUAAUAUUUAAGAAGCAGAAAACUAUUUAAAUGUAAUUAUUAAGUUACAUAAAAAAUCAAAGAAGAGCUUAAAAUGCAUCCCAUACUUGAUCGCUACUAUAACGAAAAAUUUCGAAUCAAGUUCAUAACCCGAUAUUUGAUGGAGCUUAUUCGAUUGAGAAAGAUAAGCAAGCAAAAUUCUGAAGAAUCGGAUUAAGGCAUACAAAUUUAUUCUAUCAUAAACACACGCAAAUCGAGAUCUCAAAGGUCUACAGAAAUAUUGAACCUAAAAAUAUCAAAUUGAAGAAUUGCACUAACAUAACAAACCCCAAUUGACAUUAUUAAAAUACCUGCUAAGAGGAUCUUCAAAAUAGAUCUCAGAUCUAUAUAAUACAGAACUGAAAAUUAAAUCGAGUUAAGAACUCUCCACCAAAACACUAAACCGCGUUACCACAUUUGAAAAUCAUCCAUAAAUCGAGUUUUAAAAUCGCGAUCGUGUGUUGAAAUUGAACUUUGAACUUUGAGGCCAAAUACAAUUCUCAUGAGUGCCCAGAAGGGUGCAGGACGUGUGAUCUAAGGACAUCGCAACUAACAGAAAGUGAAAGAAAGUGAGAGUGAAAAGAAUAUUUAAGAAUUGAGAAGGAGAAGAUUGGUAGAGGAGCCAUGGAUACCAAGUUGGAGGCUCGUGGCCAGUUUCCGGCCUCGUUUCCAGACACGUUUAAGAACUUCUUCGCAAUGAUGAACGAAGACGAGGAUCAUGUGGGGCUGUUUGCCAAUCUGCUGGAGGAUAAGGUAAUUCCGCGUCAAAACAGACCCACACAACCCCAGCGACAGCGGUUCGGCGGCAGCAUGCGGAGUCACAGUGGCGGCGACCGAAGGGGUCGCGCCGAAUGGCAGUAUCAGCAGCACCAGCAGCAUCAGCAGCACCAGCAGCAAAUCCAGAACCAGCAGCAACAACAGCAGCAGAAUGCUCAACAGCAGCGAGCCUUUCAGCCACGGGGUCGCAGUGGCAGUGGCAGCAGCGUUGAGCUCUUUGCCAACCGAAAUGUAAGUUUUACCAACAGCAGCACCAACCGGGCCAGCUCUUUGCGACGAAAUCGCUCUCGAGGAUCGUUGAACCUGAGCAGCAAUGGGCUAAAUGCUUUGGGCCUGGGACCCGUGACCCUGGCACCAAAUGUCAGUUCCAGCAGCAGCGGCAGUGUCGUCGACUUGACCUUGCCACCAGGCCUGGCUAUUGGUGAUGGUGGUGGAAGAGGAUCAGGGGGGAGUAGCUCAAAUAUCUACGCCUCGCCCUCCAAGUCGAAUCACAAGUCCUCUUUCAAGCCAUCCAGUUCGACUGGGCAGCGCGGAUGCGCCCUCUUUCUCGGAGUCGAUGGUAAAUCCCUCUGCUGUAAUAUGAAGCUUGGUUUCUUCCACCAUGAUCCCUCUGCAGAUGGCCUCCAGCAUCUUCCGCAGCAGCUGAAGGGUCAGAAAUUGUCUUCUAGACCGAAUCCAGCAGCUAUGUCCUGUUGCGAGUGCGUCUGCGGCAAAGACAAAGCUUCCCGUCCCGGGCCCGAUGGUGAGGACACCGGUGGGGCAAACUAUCUAAAGGGAUAUGUAGCAGGCUACGCACUACCGGCCAAACCCAAGGCAAAGAACCUCGAUAGGUCGAGCACCUUGACUUCCGCCGAGUUGGCGGCCUCGAAGAACAAGGAUCUGCAGGAGCGUCAGGAGCGCCAGGAAAAACGCGGAUCGGUCAUCCUCGAAAGGGCCUUCGAUUUCGACGCCAGCUGCGACGAGAGUGACAGCCUGAGCAGCAGCACCCAGAAUCCGGUGCCCUCGCCGGCUCCCCAUCAGUUGGCUUAUAAUGUCCUCAAGCCGAUCCUCAAGCAGCCACAGCAGCCCCAACAGCAGCAGCAGCAGAUGGUGAUGUUGCAACAGGUAAAUCCAUUGGAAUAUCAACAGGUAAUUCAUCAGCAACAUCCGGGGAUUGCGCACCAGCAGCUGCAAGGUGGCGUAGGGGUUCCUCAGCUGCAGCAUCAAGGUGGCGUAGGGGUUGCUCAGCUGCAGCAUCAAGGAGGCGUAGGGGUUGCUCAGCUGCAGCAUCAAGGAGGCGUAGGGGUUCCUCAGCUGCAACAUCAAGUGGUUACCCACCAGCAGCAUGCACAGCUGACCCACCAGCAGCAGCAACAUCCGCAUCAGCAGAUAAUCCAUCAGCAGCAACACCAAAUGGUAACCUAUCAGCACAACCCACAACCACACCCACACCCACACCCACAGGUGGGUCACCAGCAACCAAUGAUGCAGGCUCAACUUGGUCCGCCACCGCCAUCUGGCGGCCAUGUGGUGCACCGCCUGCUGCCAACACCGCCCACACACAGUGGCAUGGGGGCGUUCCACACCCGAGAGGCGGCCCUUCAGAGGGUCCAGCAGCAGAGCGGCUACUAUAAUCAAGGGCCCAGCACUUCGGCAUCGGCCUACGGCUAUAACCUAUCCAUGGAGCAACAGCAUCCGCUUCAGCAUCAGACGAUGCAGCAGCAUCAGCAGAUGCAACAGCUUCAGCCGAUGCAGCAGCUUCAGCCGAUGCAGCAGCUUCAGCCGAUGCAGCAACAUCAGCCGAUGCAGCAGCAGUUGCAGUUCGAGCAACAUCAGCAGUACGCCGAUGAUACCGAGUUGGAUUACGAUACAGAGUGGGAGUUCGACGAGGAAUCCUCUCAGAUGGAUCCACCACUCACCACAUUUAGUGAUUUUGUCAACGCGGCCCAGAAUCCAACUGGCAGUCGUCAGAGUCUUUGGGCCCAGAGGUCCCCGAUUUUGAAUAGGCGUCGCGCUUCAUCGAUAGCUGGAAACUUAUUGCACUCGGAUUAUACGUAUGCCAGGAAUAGUAUUGGCGGGGCUCCGAUUGACCCCAACGAUUUUCAGCAGAUUUCGCACAGCAGCAGCACCAGGGAACGCAUGUCUAUGGCUGGAGUCCUGACCUUUCAGCAGGCCAUGUCCGGAGCGGUGUCACCACAAUAUGGCACUGUGGGUUCCCUAAAUCCGCAAGGUACCGGUGAGAAGAAACCGGGAAUGGUUGGAGCCAAUGACAUGGGAGUGGGUGGUCUACCUGGCGGAUCGGCUAACAAUAUCAAUUUGAACGUGGGCUUGGGGUUUCUCGGUGGAUCAAACACCACCUUAGCUGCUGUCGCCGAGGUAACUAGUGGACCGGAUGGCAAUGGCGACUCCACGGACUCCCCCUCUCCGGUCGCCACGGACCAGAGCAAGGAGCAGCAGAAGCAGCAGCAACAGCAACUCCUUCAGAUGCAGCAGGAGCAGCUGCAGUUGCCCACCCACUUGCCCAUGCUGCGGGAACGGGGCGUGGGCGAAUCCUCGGGAGCCAGUACAUCGGGCACCGCUAUCACCGAACUGGCCGCCUCCGUGGUCCUGGCCUCCCAACCCGGUAAACCAAUGACAGAGCGACAGCGCUUGAGGACCUCCAGCAUGCCGGCCGAAAGUCGCAGGCCCCGCCUGGCGGAGAUGCGACGCUCGGCCAUCCAUGCCGGUGAUCUGGACAUGACCUACUAUCGUUUGCGCAGCUUCAGCAUCACUUCCCAUGGCAUCUGCAACUUGGGCGACUCCCUAAGAAGUCGCAGGUCACGUUCGAUCAACUCCGUGACUUCCACAGGCACUUCAAACAGCGGCGUGGAUCGACACAAUAGCAACGCAUCGGGGGCAUCGGGCGAAGUCAUCGACGGGGACCCGAAUGUUCCGGCCUACAAAAUUGCCAUGCUCGGCGGCUCCGGGGUGGGCAAAACCACCCUGACUUACCAAUUUACCACUUCUGAUUACAUAUGCGCGUAUGACCUGAGCCUCGAUGAUGAUUAUGGACAGAAGACGGUAUCGGUGCUAGUCGAUAACAUUGAAACGGAUUUGGAAAUUAUUGAUCAUCCCGCAUGCGAGAUGUCGACGGAGGCCUUCUGUGCCACAUACAACAUAGACCUCUUCGUAGUGGUCUAUUCAGUUAUAGACCGCAAUACUUUCGCAGCGGCCGAGCGGGUUUUGCAGUACCUCAAGGAGAACGAGAUGCUCUUGUCCCGUGGGGCUAUUUUGGUGGCCAACAAAACAGAUUUGCAGAGGCACCGCGUGGUUACCCGUCAAAUGGGCCGCAAGGUGGCGAAGGAUAUAGCAUGCAAAUUUAUCGAAACCUCAUCUGGCUUGGAUCACAAUGUGGACGAGUUGCUAGUCGGGAUAGUGGCGCAGGUGAAACUCAACCCGCAGCGGCUGCGAUUGCUGACGGAGCAGGAGCUGCAGCGGCUGAACCUGCAGAGCACCAUCCAGAAGCACCGCGGAAUGCACCUGCAGACCCGCCGAAUGGUGCGGCAGAUGAGCAUGAGCCAUGGCGACGACGAGAUCUUCAGUGGCGGAUUGCCGGAGUCAUCGCAGAACGUCGACGGCGACGACGACGGAUCGCACAGGGUGCCUAGCUGCUCCUCGAAGGGGGGCCGAUCGCGAAUCGAGAACCCCAACCGCAAGCCCCUGAACCUGGAGAGCAUAUUGAAAAUGGGGGAGAGCGAGGUGGACGAGGAGAUGGAGGUGGAUCUGGGCAGGUCGUCCCAAAUGAGCAGGCUCAACAUGCUCGCGGCCACCAUUCGUCAUCGGCGUCCGUUUCGCAAGCGUCGCUCGUUCGACGGCGGCGCCUCCACAUCCGCGGCAGCGGACGCCGCCGCCGAGAUGCAGCGACGCCACCAGCUCCGGGCGAUGGAUGAUUUGCAGCUGGAGGAACGAUUGGCGGCGGAGGAUAGGUUUGGGAGCAGGCGGAUCGGUCUGGCCGACAGCGAUGAUGAUGAGGAGGAUGAGGAGCUAGAGGUGGAGGGUGCCGAGGAUGGCGACGGAGCAGCAGGUGAAGCAGGAGGAGCAGAAGCAGGAGCAGGAGGAUUAGGAGGUGUCGAUGGUGGACGACGGAAUACCUGCAACCGCAAGGUGGUCAAGAAACUGACCGCCCGCACCAAGGUAUUCAUCUCGUCGGUGUUGCGCUUCAAGAAGUCCAUCAGCCUCAAGCGACGCAACUCCUCCAGCUGCAGUGAUCUCUUCGUGAUCUAAGCAGUUCCAGGAGUUAGUAUAGGAAGUAUAGGAAGUAUAGACUGAAUGUAUAUAGAAGGAAUUAAGAGGGAGUAGCACCGGGAAAAAACAGGAGUAGCAGAUACACAGACACAGAGAUUUAAAAAUGUUGAGAUUUUCGAGACCCAAAGAGCAGGCAGUGUAAAAACGAGGUGGAGUCGAACACGGAAGUGCGGGUAGAGUGCAGUGCAGCAGUCCAGCUUAUGAGGAAGUUUUCCAUUUUCGAAUUUCACAAGAAAAAAAAACAAAUACAGGGACAUCACAUCAUUCGUUUCCGAUUGUCCGCGUACAAUUGCAGAUUUAGACCCCCAUAUUCUUCAUUGUUUAGAGUGCAUCUGCAAUUAGUCACGCAAAAGCAUACCGAAUUUAAUUGAACAACUAAAACUAAGGCCGAUGAAAUCUCUGGAAAUUUAAAAUCACUCUAAAAGUUGUCUAAAAGUAUGCCGUAAAAGAAUAAAACUUUGUCUUUCGGUGGUUGUACUUGCGACUGCCGGAUAAAUUAUAAUAAAUCAUUUUACAAAUUUAUAGUAUACUUUUGGUAGCAUAUAAAGGUGGUUUCGAACCUCUAGGAAUUUCUGUGGAGCCAACUUAUACAAAAAAAAAAAAAAAAACGAAACAAAAAACGCAAAAAAUGCGGACAAUAAUUUUCUUGAUAUAUUGAUCAGCAAAUUUUACAAAAUUAAAAAUCUAAAAAAGAAGAGAGGCAAACGUUUUAUCCAAAUGAAAACCGAAUUUUAUCACCUAAAAAAUCUAAUGGAAAAAAUCUCUGGUAUUUAAGUGUGGCACAUACUCUGAGAUACAAUGACAAAAAAUAUUUUAUUCACUUUGUUAUUUCGGUGUUUUGUUUUGAGGUUUGAUGUUGUAAUUAAGCGUGCGGUUUCCGGUGAGUUUCAGACAUAAAAGGAAUGGACUUUAAAGCAUACUGCAUAAGCGAUGGCUCAACAUGAAAAGCUAGCAAAAGAAUAAACGUGCAAAUAUGGAAACGUCACAAGUAACCGACAAAGAAAAUAUAAAAAAAAAAAUAAAAACAAUUCAAAUAAAAUGAGCAGUGCAAAAUUGUCCACACCAUUGAAAACUUUGAAACCUAUUCAAUGGUGGGCACGCUUUUUGAUGAAAUUCGAUUUCAUUGUGCCAACAGUCCAGCUUUAUUGCUCAAACAUAAAAAAACCUUUUACUAUACAUAAAUAUUUUACAUUUUUUCUUAUAUUUACAUUUCUUGGUGAUCGUCUUACAGUUGGUUCUUUACAUGACCUUCCAUUACGAAUGCAGGUCGAAAUAUAUUUCGAUAUGUUUACUUUACACGUAAUUUGGAAGCUAUUUGUGAGACCCGCUGCUCGACUGGCUAUUGCCGAACUACGAUAUAUAGAAGACAAAACAAAAAUUGUUUUUUUUUUGUGCAAAAUUUAAAAAAAAAUUGUCUUGUAAGUACUUAGCAGUUCUAAAUGUCGUGUGAAAAAGGAUAUCGAAAAUACACCAGCACGAACACUAAAACAAGCCGAGAAGGAAUGAUAAUAAAAAAAUGUGUCAGGUCAGCCCGAGAAGGUUAUUGUCUGGAUUCCCAAAUAAUAUAAAACUUAUAUCCUGAAAAUAAAAAUACGAAAGCGCUGAAAACUAUAAUGUUUUCCCCAAAAAUCAGGGACCGUAAAUAAUGAUUAUUGAUUAGGAUUGACACACGCGGAAAAGGAAAAUGCCAUAGUGAUCCAUUUUCAUCAUGGUUUUAAAAAUUGCGAUUUUUAUAAUAUUCCUCAAAAAUAAUCAUUACUUUUGGGUUUAUAAUAAAAAUAAGAAAUUAUCAUUAUUCCUGAGUAAAAAAAAAUUAAAAUCAAAAAUGCGCAAAGCAAAAUAUCAUCUGCAAGGAUGCAUAAGGCCAAUAUAACCAUUUUGUUUUCCAGGGCACUCCUUUGCGUCUCUUUUGUGGUUUAAUUAAACAAAUUCCAAAAAAUCGGCACAGGAAGUCCAUGGUUUCAAAAUGAGUUUUAUUUUGAUCAAAAAUAUAAAAAUGAGAUUUUUAAUUUUUUGCUCAGGAAUAAUUAUUGUUUUUGAUUUUCAUUAUAAAACUCAAUGACAAUGAUUACUUCAGAGUUUUAUUUUUUCAAGUCAAUAACAUCCAAAUUAUUCCCAUAAAAUGCCACUUUUUGACUUGCAAAAUUCUUUACAAACCAAAAGAUACUGUAGUUUUUUUAUAUUUUACACGAAUAUACAAAUUAGUUAAUAAAAAAUUAAAUAAAAAUGAAUAAAUAUUAUUAAUGAGCUUAAUUUUUUUUGAUCAAAAAUAAUCAUUAUGUUUUGAGUUUUAAAAUAAAACUCAGAAUGAUUACGGUCCCUGCUAAAAAUAUUUAUUAAAAAUAAAAUGGUCAGAACUUGACGCAUUGGGAAGUGGUUAAGAUUAAAAAAUUUGUAAGGGAAUCCAGAAACUUAAAAAAAUUGUAUUGCCACAGAUGGCGCCCGAUCAGGGACUGGCCUGCGGUUGGUUGCAUAUUACACACAUAUUAAUCAAUAUUAUCAACUUAUCAAUGUAACGCGAUAUCGGAGAAAAAGAUUAACUAUAUUUAUCAAAUUAAAUCACUGUUAAAAUAGUUUAAGGAAAAAAAACAUCCAGGCCCUCUAAGUUCCCCCGCCCCCUUUUCAAUUCAACCGGUCGAUGGGAUCCAAAGUAGCCGAGCAAAACCCUUAAUGUGCUUAACCAAAGCCUGCAAUACUGUUUCGAAAUGGAACAGGCCAUGAAAAUAUGAUUGCAGAAGGGUGCUCGGCUCGAGGAAAUUUCCCAGAAGCCACCAACAUAUCAUUAACUUAUACAAAUCACACUGGCAACAUAUAAAAAAGGUUCUCUAGCAGAGGUAUUAUCAAGAAAAAGGCCAGGAUUGAGCACAUAGCGGGUUUUUCUUAAGAAUAUAUUAUAGCUAUAUGAAUUCAUAUACAAAUUUAAUCAUUUUGAAAUGAGUAGUGUAAUUAUAAUUUUUUGUACGAUUUUUGUUUAAUUAAUAAGUUCUAAGAAGUGUUUUUUGUAAUAUUAUUAUGCAAAUUCAUUUUCGCUGUAAGAAAGUAUAAGUACAUUUUAGUUGUUUAUUUUUGUUGGUAACCGAAUUUAAUCGAGGUGGUUAAAACCAAGUAAGGUUUUUAUGCGAACCGGGGAAGGCACGUUAAAAUAACCGAAUACAAAAGGUAACAAAGAAUAGGUCUAGAGUUUCCACAUUACUUUGGGCUGUAUGCACAAGCGACAGCACAAAAAAGUCUUUGGCACACAAUAUCAACAAA